AUGGCGCUUCCCUCGGAAACUUUCCUCAGGGCCGGCAGCCGGUGCAAGAGGCUCCUGCUCACAGCCACCCUCCUUGCCUCCGUGGCAGCUGAUGAACUGUUUCUCUACCCUGAAAACCUGAACAGGGUGCUGGGCACUUCAAUCAGAUGGCGGGUCUAUGGAGCCCCCACCGGUGAUGUCAACUUUACAUGGUACCGGGGGAACGGAUCCAUCGAAGCAAACAUGCUUGUUUCAUAUACCUCCUCCCCUCCUAGCUGGAUUCCUGGCCCUGUAAAUACUGGCCGAGAGAAUGUGACUGAACAAGGAUACCUGACCAUCACAGAAUUAGAGUUUGGUGAUACUGGGGACUACACAGCAGUGGUGGCCAGCACUGAGGGAUCCCAGGAGGCCACUGGACAGAUCCAGGUCUGGGAGAAGCUGUUCCAACCCAACAUCACAGUAAGCACAGCCAGUGUAGUAGAAUAUGUGGACAUUGUGAACUUUACCUGCCAACCCAACAACACCAGCGACCUCCAGAUCCAGUGGUACCUCAACUACUUCCCGGUGUCUCAGGGCUAUCAGUGGGCUCUGUCCUCAGACAACAGGACCCUCAGUGGCUGGGUCAGUCGCUCCCAGAAUGGGCCCUACUACUGCGAAGUGUCGAACCCAGCCACCUCACAGAGAAGCACUUUUCAGAAUCUACAAAUAUACUAUGGGCCAGAUUUCAUAGACAUGAACUCCAUCCCUCUUCUCCACCUGGGCACCAUCAAAGCCAAGCUGGGCUCCAGCAUAAAUAUAUACUGCCAGACAGUGUCACAGCCCGCAUGCCUGUAUCAAUGGCUUCUCAACGGCACUGCCCUGGCUACCACCAACAGCACCCUCAGCAUCAGGUCCAUGUCCUGGGAAGAUGUGGGCACCUACAGGUGCAUUGCAGAGAACCCCAAGACCCAGCUGAUCCUCUACUCGACCGUCACCCUCAAAGUUUAUGAGCCCUCCUUACCCAUCUUAAAGCCUCCCUAUGCCAUCAGUCAAAGAAUGGUCGUCUUCCUCAGCAUCGGUGUCAGCCUCAUCCUGCUAAGCCUCAUAGGGACCUUCAUCUUCCACCUGCUCUCCUGA